AGGUGGGAAUCUGAGAGAGGUGCCGUAUACGGUAAUCGAAGUUUUUCCACAUAGCAGUUUAUUACGCCAUUAAGUUUGUUUACCUCAUAUUUCUGAUUCUUACAGCGGUUAUUUACUUUAUUUAAUCGCCGGUUUUGAAGCUUCGUUAGUUUUUGAUAUUAGCUGUUUUGCUAGAUAAUCUGAAGACUGGAGUUCUCACACUUCGAAGCAAUGUGCUGGAACCAGGGGCUAUUAUUUGUUUAGUGGCUAAACGUAACGUUCGCUGUAUCUUUUUUUUGUUUGGGUGUUUUCAUUUUGUCGUGGGCUGGCUGUAGCGACUGAAGCAGUUCAGAGGAAGGUCGUUGAAAAAUAUAUCCACGUUUUUCCUGCACGUAUCCAAAGUUCCUGGGAUGUGUUCACAUUUCUCUUCUCACGUUUUAAAACGAGGUGUUUUUCCUUUGAUACGGUGAAGUGCAAUACUUGGAAGUGCAUGAAACACUCAGCGACCUGUGGAUUACAGCAAGCUAGCCAACUCUCCAACUCGCGUUAGCUAGCUUCUUGGGUCUAUAGAAGUUCGGCUACAUAACUGGAUUUUUGGAAAGAAGAGGACACACAUAUUUCUAAAUUACCAAGCAUUUAUCUUAAAGAAUUGCUUUAUGAUACGAAAAUACUGUCUCUGGGUGCCUUUCAACAUUGGAACCUCGUUUAUCGUGGAAUGAGCCCUUGGCUAGUAGUAGUAGUAGGAUCCAACGGGUACCUCCUAUUUACUAGUUUAGCUAGCGGUGUGGGAUUUCUUUUUCUCGGAUCGGAAGACUGUUAUAUCAAACAGAUGAAAGUGAACUAUCCCAUACAAUUGUGGAAAAUGACGAUUUUUAUUCGCCAACGUGUCGCCAGAACCCACGAUCACGUUAUUUAGUGGUCAUUUUCAGGGAGAACCGAAAUCACAAAGUUAGCUGAGAAGACAUUGCUGUUAAGAUACCACGUUGGACCCCCGGCCCCUUUUUAUGGGGGCAAACUGGACUACCUAGUUUGCUAACUUGUUUUCUCUUUCUGAAUACUUUUUUUUUGUAUUGGAUUUCUUAGAAACACAUCUUAAACGAAUUUUGGAUAUCGUCGAAACACACAAAAAGAGAACACAAUCGAAGUCACAAUGCGGCUUGGGAACUCAGCGGUUGUUUUGGUUACUUUUAUCUACAUUGUAUGCCAGUGUGUCCUAACAAAUGGAGAAAUCUGUCAGAGUAAGGACAUCCGUAACAACGUGACCAACCUGCAGUUGUUAGAGAACUGCACAGUAAUCGAGGGCCACCUGAAGAUCCUCCUCAUGUUCAAGGCCAAGCCCGAGGACUUCAAGGGCCUCAGCUACCCCAAGCUGACCGUGGUCACCGACUUCCUCCUCCUGUUUAGGGUCUACGGUCUAGAAUCGCUCAGCGACCUGUUCCCCAACCUGACGGUGAUCCGAGGCAACAACCUGUUCUUCAACUAUGCCCUGGUUCUGUUUGAGAUGGUGGACCUGAAGGAGCUGGGGCUACACAGCCUCAUGAACAUCACCCGGGGAGCCGUGAGGGUGGAGAAGAACCCGGACCUCUGCUACCUCUCCACCCUGGACUGGUCCAAGAUCCUGGACACGGUGGAGGACAAUUACAUCAUGGCCAAUAAGAACGACCGGGAGUGUGGGGACGUGUGUCCGGGCACAGCCCAUGGGAAGACCACCUGUCCUCAGACUACCAUCAACGGACACUUUGGAGAACGCUGCUGGACUCAGAACCACUGCCAGAGAAUGUGUCCCUCCACCUGUAAGCAUCGGGCCUGUACCCAGCAUGGCCACUGCUGCCAUGACCAGUGUCUGGGGGGCUGCUUGGAGGCAGGCAACGCCAGCAGCUGUGUGGCCUGCCAGAACCUCCAGCACCAGGACACCUGCGUAGACCGCUGUCCCCAGGGAUACUACACCUUCAAGGGCUGGCGAUGUGUCUCUCUCUCCUUCUGCCAGGACCUCCACAAUCAGUGCAAGAAUGGAAAGAGCAGCGACUGCCACGAGUACGUCAUCCACAACAAAGCCUGCAUCCCAGAGUGCCCCUCAGGAUACACCACCAUCAACUCUACCACGUUGAACUGUACCCCGUGUGCAGGGCUGUGUCCUAAGAUGUGUACGGGGCUGAAGACAGUGGACUCUGUGACAGCAGCCCAGGCUCUGAGAGGAUGCACUGUGCUCAACGGCAGCCUGAUCAUCAAGAUCCGUGGAGGGAACAACAUAGCAGCAGAGCUGGAGGCUAACCUGGGUCAGCUGGAGGAGAUAACAGGCUACCUGACCAUCAAGAGAGCCUAUGCCCUCGUCUCUCUCUCCUUCCUCCGCAAGUUACACAUCAUCCGAGGGGAGACCUUGACCCAAGAUGGGAACUACUCGUUCUACGCGCUUGACAACCAGAACCUGCGUCAGCUGUGGGACUGGAACAAACAUAACCUGACCAUCCUCCAGGGGCGCAUGUUCUUCCUUCACAACUCCAAGCUGUGCAUGUCUGAGAUCCGCAAGAUGGAGGAGGUGACGGGCACCAAGGGGAGAGACAUCAAGAAUGAAAUCGCCGGCAGGACCAAUGGAGACCAGGCCUCCUGUGAGAACCAGGUCCUGAAGUUCACCACAGUGCGCACGCAGUCAGACAAGAUCCUCAUCAAGUGGGAACCGUUCUGGCCGCCGGACUUCAGAGACCUACUAGGCUUCAUGGUCCUCUACAAAGAGGCGCCUUAUAAGAAUGUGACAGAGUUUGAUGGCCAGGAUGCGUGUGGCUCUAACAGCUGGGUGAUAGCUGACGUAGACCCUCCACCCCGGGCCACGGAGGGGGAGCCUGGCUACCUCAUCCAUACUAUAAAGCCCUAUACCCAGUACGCCAUCAUGGUCAAGACCCAGCUCUCCGCCUCAGAUGAACACCAGGUCCUCGGGGCCAAGAGUGAGAUCAUCUACGUCCGCACCAAUGCCACCAAGCCGUCAGUGCCGCUGGACCCCAUCUCCUCAUCCAACUCGUCCUCUCAGAUCAUCCUGAAGUGGAAGCCCCCCACGGACCCCAAUGGCAACAUCACUCACUACCUGGUGUUCUGUCAGCAGCAGCCCGAGGACAGCGACCUCUACAAGUUUGACUACUGUCAAAAAGGAAUGAAGCUGCCGUCGCGGGCGCCCACCCAUCUAGACACUGACGAGGAGCAAAAGUGGAACCAGACAGAUGAGUCUGGGCCAGGGAGCCACUGCUGUGCCUGCCCCAAAACAGACACCCAGCUCAAGAAGGAGGCUGAAGAGUCUGAGUACCGCAAAACCUUCGAAAACUACAUCCACAACGAAGUGUUUGAAGUCAGACCGUCUCGUCGGCGCCGCUCAGUGGGCGUGGCCAACGCCACCCUUCCGCGCUUCCUGACCACUCCCCCCACGCUGCCCAACGCGUCCACCACGCCCAGCCCAGAGGGCGAGGGGGCGGAAGGCUCCAAGGUGACGCUGGUGGUGUACGCCAAGGAGUCGACGGUCAUCUCCAACCUGCGCCACUUCACCAGCUACCAGAUUGAGAUCCAUGCCUGCAACCACCCCACAGACCCCCAACGCUGCAGCAUGGCUACCUACGUCAGCGCCCGCACCAUGCCUGAGAAGAAAGCUGAUGACAUUGUGGGCCAGGUGACCCAUGAGAUGGUGUCGGAGCACCCAGACUCUGUCCACAUCAAGUGGCUGGAGCCCAAAGCCCCCAAUGGCAUGAUCAUCCUGUACGAAGUCAACUACAAGAGGUUGGGAGACCUUGAGGAGCUGCAUCACUGCGUGUCCAGGAAGACUUACACCCAGAUUGGAGGCUGCAGGCUGAGAGUGGUGCAUCCUGGGAACUACACCGUGAGGAUCCGUGCCACGUCGCUGGCAGGAAACGGCUCCUGGACCGAACCCACCUUCUUCUUCAUGCCCGAUGAGGACACCAGUUCACUGAAGAUUAUCAUUGGCCCAGUCAUCUGCUUUAUCCUGCUGCUAUUCGUAGGAGGCGGAGUCUUCAUGAUCUUCAAGAAGAAACAAACUGAGGGACCCACUGGACCUCUGAUCGCCUCGUCCAACCCAGAGUACCUGAGCGCUAAUGACGUGUACGUGCCUGAUGACUGGGAGGUGGCGAGGGAGAAGAUCAACAUCCUGAAGGAGCUGGGUCAGGGCUCGUUUGGCAUGGUCUACGAGGGCAUCGCCAAAGACAUCGUGAAGGGCGAGCCGGACACACGCGUGGCGGUGAAGACGGUCAACGAGUCGGCCAGUCUGAGAGAGAGGAUAGAGUUUCUCAACGAAGCGUCUGUCAUGAAGGCCUUCAGCUGCCACCACGUGGUGCGUCUGCUGGGGGUGGUGUCUAAAGGCCAGCCCACUCUGGUGGUGAUGGAGCUGAUGACCCACGGGGAUCUGAAGAGCUUCCUACGCUGCCUCAGACCAGACUCUGAGAAUAACCCCACAGGGAAACCCCCUCCCACACUGAAGGAGAUGAUUCAGAUGGCGGGGGAGAUAGCAGACGGCAUGGCCUACCUCAACGCCAAAAAGUUUGUCCACAGAGAUCUGGCCGCCAGGAACUGCAUGGUGGCUGAGGACAACACCGUCAAGAUCGGAGACUUUGGAAUGACCAGAGACAUAUAUGAGACGGAUUACUACCGUAAGGGAGGGAAGGGUCUGCUUCCUGUCAGGUGGAUGGCUCCUGAGUCUCUGAAGGACGGAGUGUUCACCGCACAUUCAGACUGCUGGUCGUUUGGUGUGGUGUUGUGGGAGGUCAGCACCCUAGCAGAGCAGCCUUACCAGGGCCUGUCCAACGAACAGGUCCUCAAGUUCGUCAUGGACGGAGGAUACCUGGACAGACCAGAGAACUGUAUUGAGAGGAUCCACAACCUGAUGACGAUGUGCUGGCAGUACAACCCCAAGAUGCGUCCCACCUUCCAGGAGAUCAUCGAGAUGUUGAAGGAGGACGUUCACCCCAGCUUCCAGGAGGUCUCCUUCUUCUACAGCGAGGAGAACAAGCUCCCCGAGACAGAGGAGUUUGACUUGGACCUGGAGAACAUGGAGAGCAUCCCACUGGACCCGUCAUCCUACUCCCAGAGAGACGACAGCGACAGUCUAUCCAGAGACAAUGGACCCAGCCAGAGCCUAAGGGGCAACUACGAGGAACACGUGCCCUACACGCACAUGAACGGUGGCAAGAAAAACGGACGAAUCUUAUCAUUACCCAGAUCCAGCCCUUCCUAACAUUUCCUAAGGUUUUCCUCCUCCUCUUUUCACCCCUUCAUUCUAUGCUUUCAAACUAUUUUAAUGCAGAAGCCCUUCAAAAAAACUGAUCUCAGGACAUGUAUUUUCUUCCCCACAGCUGCCAAGCAUGGUGGAACACGGGAUGCAAACAUUUUGGUAUAUGUUGAAAGACAUUUUUGCAUUUAUCCAGAAUCAUCUACUACAACUUUCUACUAUCUUUAUUUUGUUUUCACUAUUGCCAAGUUUCCAGGACUGGUUGAUGGAAAAAGAAAAAAAACUGUGAACAUUCUUAUUUCUCUCCUUCUCUCUUUUUCUCCAGGCUGUCCCAUCUCUUCCAUUCUCUUGUUUUGUUUUUCAAGUGAAAACCUUUUCAGAUAGUGGCCUUUUUAUACGUGGCCUGUAAACAAAGAGAAGUGUCUAUCAAU